GUGGGGCUGAGGGACUGGGUUGGGAAUGUGUGGGGCUGGGAGGUCUAAGGGUGGUCAGGAUGUGUCCCAAUCCCGUUGGAUAUGGUUAUCCACUCCCAGUUGCUUUGGAUACUGUUUCCUAGUCUUGGUCCCUUCAGAUCCCGACUUCCAACCCCCAUUUGACCAAGAGAAAAAGCCGGAUCCUUUUGGAUCCCAUUUUCCCCUCCCUGUCCCUUUGGAUCUGUUCUCCCAUCCCUUUGGAUCCUGUUUUCCCAUCCCAGUCCCUUUAGAUUCCGUUUUCCGCUCCCUGUCCCUUUGGAUCCCGUUUUCCCAUCCCAGUCCCUUUGGAUCCCGCUUCCCAUCCCAAUCCGUUUGGAUCCCCUUUCCCACUCCUAAUCCCCGUUUGCCCUGAAGGUUGGCGCGAUGCCUGGUGGGAUCCACCAUUGCCGCUCUCACCACCGUAUCCCUUCCACAGGUGAUUCCCAACCCCUUCCCACUGGAUCGACACCACGUUAUGCUUCAUCUCCCAGUGAGGUGGGGAAUUCCUGGGAGGUGUCGCCAUGUCCUUGUGCCGGCGUGUGGUGAAAGCCGGCGAAUCCGAGGCCGAAGGCGGCUGCUUGGCGGCGAGCGGUGGUGUGAAGGUUCACCUCCACUGGAGCAGCGUGGAAGAGCGGGAAUGCUGCCGGAUCUACAGCGACGGCACGCUCAGCGCAGAAGAGAUCUGCAUCGACCUCGCCCACCAGAUAGGGAUCUCCCCGCUCUGCUACAGCCUCUUCGCUCUCUACGACCCUCAGAGCCGGGUUUGGCUCCCACCCAACCACCAAUUCCGGAUCGGGAAGGACACCAACGUCAACCUUGCUUUUCCGCCUGAGGUGAAGUACUACUUUCGAAAUUGGCAUGGGAUGAACGACAAGGAACCGGCCGUUUACCGCAACGCGCCCCCGCCAAAUGAUUCCACGGAGGAGGAGGACACGAGGAGGAGCCUGUGCCUGGAUAAAUCCUCCUUCGAGUACCUCUUUUGAGCAGGUUAAUGAUCCAUCCAGGAGGGGAAAUAUGAAUUCAUUAAUGACGUUGCGUCUUUGAAAGAUCUACAGACCGAGCAGGAGAUCCAAAGGUAUCAAGAAUGAAAGCUUGGAAUGGCCGUGCUCCACCUUUCCCACAUGGCAUUCAAAAAGGCAUCUCCUUGGAGGAGUGUCGACCAGGAAUAUACAGGUGAGAGCUCCCCACUCUUCAAGGAUUGCAUCCCGCGUUCCUUCUACCGCCAGAUCCAACAAAACAACCACCUGACCAGAUUCCGCAUGAAGAAUGUCUUCAAGAAGUUCGUGCAGCGUUUCCAGCGGCACACGGUGAACGCCGGGAAGCUGACGGCGCAGGACAUCAUGUACAAGUACUUGGCCACCCUGGAACACCUCGCGCCUCGCUUUGGCACCGAGCUCUUCCCAGUCCUUUCCUUGGACACCUCUUCCGAGGGUGAGAAGACACAACUCUACGUCAACGGAGGACAUUCCCAAGCGGAGCAUGGCCAUGCCCUGCUCCCCAAGGACCCACCGGUCACCCAUGAAGUCCUCAUCACUGGGACGAGUGGGAUCCAGUGGCGACCGGUGCCCGUAGAGAACAUCGAGAACUUCUCCUGUCGUGGGUAUUUUGGAAGGAAGAGCCGGAACAAAGAGCUGGAAGCCAAGGGCUCAGCUCAGCCGGUGGAACGGAACGAGCCAAAGUGGGUCCAUUUCUGCGAUUUCCGGGAGAUCACACACAUUGUCCUCAAGGAUCGCCGGGUGUGCGUCCACCGGCAGGACAACAAGUGCCUGGAGGUCGUUCUCCCCCUCGUCUGAGACCUGCGCCUCUCCCUGGUUGCGCUGCUGCACGGGUAUUUUCCGCUUGACCAGCCUGAUUCCAGUCAUUACCUGUGUCACGAGGUGGCACCACCGCGGCUCCUUAUGAGCAUCUGCAACGGCAUCCACGGGCCCAUGCAGGAAGAGUUUGUGUUCUCCAAGCUCCGCCGGGAGGAGCAGGAGGAAGGGCUCUAUGUCCUCCGCUGGAGCAUCUUGGACUUUGACAGGAUGAUCCUCUCUGUGGUGAAGCGGAACCCACCGCAGGUAGGACACCGUUUCGGGUGAUGCCAAGGAAGGCCUCAAGUACAGGCAAUUCGGAUCCAAAAGAAAGGAAAUUCCUUUAUCCUGGAAGGAUGGGAUCGGGAAUUUCCCACUUUGCGGGAGCUCUUGGAUGUCCUCAAGGGUUGCACGCUCAAAUCGGGUGAUGAGAGCUUCACAGUGAAGAGAUGUUGCCCACCCAAGCCAGGAGAGAUCUCGGACCUGCUGAUCACGUGGAAGGUGAAGGAGAACACGAAGCAGAUCCUUAACCUGACCCAGCUCAGUUUCCACCAGAUCCGCCAAGAUCUCUGCCCCCAGCGAGCCCACCUGGGCCACGGCACCCGCACCAACAUCUACGAUGGAGUCUUGAGCAUCUGUGGGACCUCCGGAGCCGACGACGAAGCCAAAUAUUUCUCCACUGAACCAAAUAACAACAGCAGGGAGAUGCACGUGGUGCUCAAAGUCUUGGAUCAGCACCAAGACAUCGCCCUGGCGUUCUUUGAGACGGCGAGCUUGAUGAGCCAAGUGUCCCAUGUCCACUUGGCUUUUGUGCGAAUCUGCGUGCGCGGCUCCGAGAACAUCAUGGUGGAAGAGUUUGUGGAACAUGGACCUCUGGAUGUGCUGCUCUCCGCAAGGAGGAAAGGCCGGAUCACCGUUGCUGGAAGAUCACCUGUGGCCAAGCAGUUGGCCAGUGCCUUGAGCUACCUGGAGGAUAAAAACCUGGUCCAUGGCAACGUGUGCGCCAAGAACAUCCUAGUGGCCAGGAAAGGCUUGGAAGACGGGUCCGUGCCUUUCGUCAAGCUCAGCGAUCCUGGAGUCAGCUUCCACGGUGCUCUUUCUCGGGAAGAGCGCGUGGAGCGGAUCCCUUGGAUUGCUCCAGAAUGCAUCCGGGAUGUUGGGAGCCUCAUUCCGGCGGCUGAUAAAUGGAGCUUUGGCACCCACCCUUGUUGGAGAUCUGCUUUUGACGCUGACGUUCCGCUGACGGAGCGCACACCCUCUGAGAAGGAACGUUUUUACGAGAAGCGGCACCGUCUGCCAGAGCCAUCAUGCAGGGAUUUGGCGUCGCUCGUCUCGCGGUGCCUCUCCUAUGCUCCCAGCGAGCGGCCAUCCUUCCGGACCAUCCUGCGGGAUCUGACCCGGCUCCAGCCGCACCACCUCGUGGACGUGAGUGCAGUGAAGCCCGAGUUCCCGGUGUCCGACCCCACCGUCUUCCAGAAGCGCUACCUGAAAAAGAUCCGGGAGUUGGGGGAGGGCCACUUCGGCAAGGUCAGCCUGUGCUGCUAUGAUCCGGCCAAUGACGGCCCAGGUGAGAUGGUGGCGGUGAAGUCGCUGAAGGGCGGCAGCAGUGCUCAGCUCCGCGGCUGUUGGCGCCGCGAAAUCCACAUCCUCAAAACGCUCUACCACGACAACAUCGUCAAGUACAAGGGGUGCUGCAGUGAGCAGGGUGAUGAGGUGGUUCAGCUCAUCAUGGAGUUUGUUCCGCUGGGGAGUCUGAGGGAUUUCCUGCCCAAACACCCGCUCAGCCUGGCGCACAUCCUGCUCUUUGCCCAGCAGAUCUGUGAGGGCAUGGCGUACCUGCACUCCCUGCACUUCAUCCACCGCGACUUGGCUGCCCGCAACGUCCUCCUGGAGACGGAGCAUGUGGUGAAGAUUGGUGACUUUGGCCUCGCCAAAGCCAUCCCUGAGGGCAGCGAGUACUACCGUGUGCCUGAGGACGGCGACAGCCCCGUCUUCUGGUACGCGGUGGAGUGCCUGAAGGAGUGCAAGUUCUACUAUGCCUCGGACGUCUGGUCCUUCGGGGUGACCCUCUACGAGCUGGUUGACGCGCGCGACGCCGCACAGAGUCCACCGGCAAGUUUCCUGGAGCUGAUCGGAGCGACGCAGGGGCAGAUGACAGUGCUGCGGCUGCUGGAGCUGCUGGAGAGGGGGAGGAGACUUCCUGUCCCAGAGACUUGCCCCCCAGAGAUCUACCGUCUGAUGAAGAACUGCUGGGAAGCGGACGCCUCCUUCCGCCCCCUCCCUUCCACAACCUCAUUCCCAUCCCUCCGGAACUUCCAUGAGAAGUACCGCGCUCAGGCUCCCUCCGUUCUUCAGCCUCUGCUGAGCUUCCUGCCCGUGUACCAGUGCUCCCAGUAGCAGACUGGUUUUCCCGACGAGUUCCACCCAUCAGGCAGCGCGGCAGCACUCGGAAAAGGAAAAUAGGAGGGGAAGGGAAAAUGGGAAAUAGGGAAGGGAAAAUGGGAGAGGAAAUGGGGAAGGAAAGGGGGGAAUGGGAAAGAGGGAAAAUGGGGAAGAGGAAGGAGGGGAGGAAAUGGGGAAAGGAAGGGGGGAAUGGAAAAUAGGGAAGGAAUUAGGGAAGGGAAG